AUGACAAGAGGAGAAGAAAAAAAAUGGAUUGAACAGUUGCGUAUGAAUCCGCCCAAGCUGUUGGACGAAAAUGAUUUAAGGCUAGUCUGCCAAAGAGUAAAAGAAAUUCUGGUGGAGGAAAACAAUGUACAAGCAAUAAACCCCCCAGUUAUAAUCUGUGGAGAUAUACAUGGGCAAUUUUUUGAUCUGUUAGAAUUAUUUGAUGUAGGAGGAGACAUUAUGAAUAACGAUUAUAUAUUUCUUGGUGACUACGUGGACAGGGGAUACAACAGCGUGGAAACAUUUGAAUAUUUAUUAUUAUUAAAGCUUCUGUUCCCCAAAAAUAUAACCCUGUUGAGAGGGAACCACGAGAGCAGACAGAUCACUACAGUGUAUGGAUUUUAUGACGAAUGUUUUAAAAAGUAUGGUAAUGCAAAUGCAUGGAAAUACUGUACAGACAUAUUUGAUUAUUUAACAUUAGCAGCUUUGGUGGACAACCAGAUUUUUUGUGUGCAUGGGGGCUUGUCUCCUGAGAUAAAACUAAUUGAUCAGUUACGCUUAAUUAAUCGUGUACAGGAAAUUCCACAUGAAGGGGCUUUUGGGGAUAUUAUGUGGUCAGACCCUGAUGAGGUGGAAGACUGGGUUGUCAAUCCUCGGGGUGCUGGGUGGCUCUUUGGUCCAAAGGUUACCAAAAAAUUUAAUUACAUUAACAAUUUGGAAUUAAUUGCUAGGGCACAUCAGCUAGCUAUGGAGGGAUAUAGGUACAUGUUUGAUGAUUCGACUAUCGUUACUGUAUGGUCUGCUCCUAACUAUUGCUACCGAUGUGGAAAUGUUGCUGCCAUCAUGCGCAUUGAUGAAAAUAUGAACCGACAGAUGCUCAUAUUUAAAGAUACGCCUGACUCUCGCAACUCCAUCAAGAACAAGGCCACCAUUCCGUACUUCUUAUAG